CACACAGCUUGGAUAAGGUUGGGCAGAGGCCAGGUGAAGGGUAGGGACCCAGAGCAAAAUUAAACGGCGCUUUGUGGGGUAAAAGCGUUGGAGCCACCUAGUCUAGUUUAAAAAUAGUCCCAUCUGUUGCUGGUUUCUAUCUGCAUGAUACUAUUCCCAGGAUACCUUAGUAACCAGGGCUCCUGGGGUCAUUUAGGGGGGCAGGUACUAAGGAGGGGUGGAUGUGCUGGGAAAUGGGAAUGGGAUAUGUAUUGACAGAUCCCUUAUUCAAACAGCAGGGCAGGUGGCAGUUGCUCUCUGAGUGGUUGAUGACAGUUAAUGCCCCUCUUACCCCAUCCCUUCCUCAGUUACCAAUGCCUUAAGCCUUCAAGGCUUGGGAGGUGCUGGGAAAAGGAAAGUUCUCCUGGGGACACAAACCUCAGGGUUCAUCUCUUCCCUUUGCCUCCAUAUAGAACCACAGAGGUUUUAAAUCCAAUUAAGAGUCCAUAAGGCCAGGGACCCCAGUAGCCAAACCUCAGUUCCUCCUCAGCUUGUAGUUGAUGUAGGGGAAACAACUCAGGUAUCUAGUCUGAUGAGACAGUGGAUUUGGGAUACAGAACGUGGUUCUGAGUUGUGCUUCCCCCAUCAUAUCUGCUGCUACCUCUUGUUUUGUCUGGUUGAUCACUCAGGUUACACCUGGGGUUGGAGAUGGUGUGCUCAGUCAAGGCUGGUCACAAAAAAAAAAGAAAAGGCCUAAAGACUAGAAGUGGUCAAAUACGGAAAUAUUGUGUGUGGACUCUAGAAACCACACAUUGAUAAGCUUAAUGUUGAUUUUUCUGGCACAGUUCUGGAUUAUUAAAAGAGAUGGUUUAUGAGUAUUUAGAGACAAAUGUGAUGAUAGAUACCAACAUGAGUUCAUCCCAGCCAAAUCCUGACUAUUUUCUUUUUGCCAAGUAUCUCUAAAGAGGUAGAUUUGGGAAACUGUAAACAUUGUAUCUUCUUGAUUAACAUAUGCCAGCCAAAGACUGCCAGGAAUACACCUGUAGUCAAACAAAUUGGGUUUAAUGCUCACUGCAGUUAUGGAGAGUGUGCCAUGGGACCCAUGCCUAGCAAAGGGACAUUAGAAAGGACUUUUAGGACUUGGGACUAUGGUUAAGUGAUUUGGGGGAAGGUUCAAGGAAGUGGGGCUUGGUUCCACUGGGUGCUGUCAGGGAAGCAGGGAUACUUCUGUGAUUGGGUAUCUUAACUAGGAAAAGAGCAGACUAGAGUGAAGCUGAAAUUGGUAAUAAAGCAGCAGUCACCCAUUAGUUGGGAGAAGGGGAUGUUUGCUAUUUCAUGACUUGCACACUGACCUUGUUUUGUGUUGAAACAAAAUUGUGAAGUGUGAUCUUGGUUUUUUUGCCUCACUUCAUCACAGUCACUGAGUGCCAUUGUGUGAUGUUGGUGUUUCAUGAGAUUGUGUCCAGUAGGAGAACAUCAUUUCCUAGCUGUGAGCCCAGGUCAGCCCUUAACAACCCGAAGCCCAGCACUGCCAGGCCUGUCCCCAGAUGGCAGGGCUGCUUUGCUCUUCCUCAUCUGCUAAGUCAUUGCAGAUAAGAGAAUAAUUAUGGGUCAGUUAAUGGUAGAGUUUGGCGGAGUCAAAACUCAACAUCUUUGUGUAGUAAAUGUUGAUUAGCACAUUUUGUUAGAGAAACUUCUGGUCUCUAGUGAUACACUCAAGGGCUAUGUUUUAUUUAAAAAAUUUAUAUAAAAAUAUGAAAAGCCCUGUUACCAACAUUAACACACGGAAAUACCAAGUAAACCUGAAAGUGCUGUAACUUGGAUUGACUGAAUUAACCCAAGAGGUCAGUUUGGAUCAAUUUCGAUUGACCCUCUCCCUAAAAAAUUGCUUGAGCCUAUCUGAGAAAGAACUGCAGAGAACUACAUUAGCAAUAAUUCACAUGAAAACAACACAGGACUUCAAUUGGUUACAAAAAAAUUAAACUCUUAGUCCUAUAGUAUGUCAAUCCAUAAAUACUAAGAGCCUGCUAUGUUCUAAGCACCUUCUGAGGAGCUCCAAAAGGGUAAGAGAACCAUAGUAAUACAUUGUAAAUAUAACAGUUCUACCACGUCUUUUUGAGUGAAACCACUCUUAAAGGAUUGUGUGUUCUAAGUGUAAUUUUCAAAGAGGCCCAUUGAUAAAUCAGUGGGGAUAGCAGAAAAAAAAACCUGACGAGACUGAGGGGAAACCUAAUAGAUGUCUUCAAAUAUUUGAAGGCUCUCCAAUGGAGAAAAGGUCCUGUCUUGCCGCAUAGGAAAUAAACAGGGAGUUCUAGAAUAAUAGCUAACAUUUACUGAGUACUUAAUAAUAUAAGCCAAGGCACUGUGCUAGGCACUUUACAUGCAAUUUCUCUUUGACACAAUGGGUACUGUUAUACAACCCAGUUUGCAGAGGAGAAAGGCUUAAUGAGAGUAUGCUGCCCAGGGUUGUUCUGCAACUACUAAGGAAUGGAGCCAGGCAUUCAGGCAGACUCCAGACUUGGCAUAAAAAAGUUCUAAUGAUAGACCGACUUUGCAGUAACUUUUGAGGAAUAGAGGAAAUUACCUCAAAUCCUGUUGCCCCUUCCAUCUUGGAGAGAGGGCAAGGACUAGGUUACCACAUCUAAUCCUCUCCCUCCCUGAGGAUGUUAAUGAAGUUUACAUAUUAAAUGCAGAUUGCAAAUCCAGGAAGUUUGGGUAUUCUCACUUAGACACUUCCUCGAACAAAUGGCCAUGCUUUCUCCUGUUACAGAGUUACUGCUUAUCACCACCAGGUGGCACCUGGGCUGCAGAAUUGUCUACUGGCAGGGACCCACCCUGUUUACUUGUUCUGGUGCCUGCAUUGCAGCUGCAGCUCCUAUGCCUCCUGGGCCUCAGCUGGGAAGAGACCUUCCUGAGGAUUAGCUUUCAUCUUCCAUAGACUGUCUUUGGUAGAAGGGUCUGAUGAUCUAGAUGGGGUGAGAAAGCAGAGAAGCUGGGAAAGAAACUCCAUAGGUCACCCUCUCACCCCCUAGCCUAAGUGACCUGCUCCUCCUACUCUAGUGCUUGGCAAAAUUCAGUUUACAGAGAGAUUUCCCUCCAAGGAGGCUCAUCCAUUUUCCUGCUGUAUUCUGCAUAGUGAGCAGGUCACUCUUACCUCUUCCAGAUUCCAUGAGCUCCUUACUACCUGCCUUACCUCUGAGAACACGGAAGAUGUAAAAGGCAGAAAGUUGUUCCUUACAGUUCUGCACACUGAAUGAAGCACUCUAGAUACUGUUUAGCCUCAGGGAAGUAGAGAAGGGGAAGUCAGAAAAUUUAAGAUUAAGGGGGUUAAACAGAGUUGAUGAAACAGUCUGAUAGAAUCUAUGCCCUGCAGAGCCAGAUAAUAUUUAUCUGCUGCAAAUCUAGUCUCUCCCCACCAAUCAACCCUACUUUUCCUGUUGCUUCAAACAAUAACACAACAAGCUCCACACAUACUGCAUUAAAAGAUAAUCAUUUUAUGACCAAUUCUUCCCUCCUGAGCUUCCAAUUAGUUUAGUUUCUAAGUCCAGUUAACUAGUAACAGUAGUCAUCAUCAAUGUACCCUGCGCUUUUCCCUUCCUACACGUACACUAUACAACAUGGAAUUGCAUUAGUUCUACAUGUGACUGUAUUCCGAACUUUCCUUCCAACUCAGGCAAAUAAGAAACAGAAUUGUCUCAUUACUCUUCAUUUCAGUUCCUCAGGGUCAGGGAAAUCAUGGGAAAUGUAAUCAAUUCCACUGUAGCCGAGGCAUCUCCUCUCCCCACUCCCGCCCCCACCGUUUGGGAGCCAGUUUAAUUUGCCCUCUAUGAUAAAGAUAACUAAAUCUUGGAGAUUACUAAUAAGAAAUAAAGGCUCACUUCCUAUACACACCGUUUUCUCUCUGUCUCUCUCUCUCUUCCCUGAAGGCUGGAGAAUCCUAACUCUAAUUCUCGUAUUCUCCAGUUUUUCUGUAGCGUCUGUCGUUACACUGCACAAAGUAGAGGGCUGAAGACCGCAUAGACAGAACCUUUCAUUCCACAUGGGGUGUUUUGUAAGGACAGCCACGGAAACCCCGAAGAAUAAGAAACGUGCUUAGAAUAUAAAAACUACGGAAAGCUGACAAAGGAACAUGUAGGAAUUCCAGACAAAUUCUGCCAAACCGUCCGAACGGAGUGGAAGUAAAUCCUCAUCCUCCACAACCCCUCAACCCCAAGUCCCUCUAAAACGGAGUAAUUGGCGGUGAGGCUCCGCAUGACGUCAUAACACAGGCACUCCCAUUCCACUUGGGGGAGCGCCGGGGCUUCAUCUCUUUAAAUGGUACACCACGCCUCCUCUUUCUGACCAAUCAAGUGCCGCUCUUUUAGCCUCUUUCCUCCUUUUCCCGCCAUCCCAGACUGCCCAUCUUGACACUCGGUCUAAUCAGGGAGGUCCUGCCUCUCCCGAGCCCUAGCGCCUCCCGGCGGAAGAGGGGCAGGGUUUCUGUCUUUUGACUCCGCCUUGGUCUAUGCAGCGCCGGCCAACCCGAGCCCUCAGAAAGAAGGGGCGUGGCUUAAAUUCCCCUCCCCCAGCCCAGGGGUUACGGUUUGUUGGGGGCAGCUGGUCGCUAGGCUAAGCAACCUUCUCCUGGUCUCUGGGUCGGGCGGGUCCUCCCAGAGGUGGCACCAUGGAGCGCUCUCCUGGAGACGGCUCCAGCCCCAGCCCCGCGGAUCAGCCCUCUGCUCCCUCCGACCCCCCUGACCAGCCCCCCGCUGCUCACACAAAGCGGGACCUGAGUUCUGGGAACCAACCUGCCGGCCCAGGCGCGGCGGGUGAGGCCCUAGCGCUGCUGACUUCAUUCGGGCGGCGGCUGCUUGUGCUCGUGCCGGUGUACCUGGCUGGGGCAGUGGGACUCAGCGUGGGUUUCGUGCUCUUCGGCCUCGCCCUCUACCUGGGCUGGCGCCGGGUCCGCGACGAGAAAGAACGGAGCCUUCGGGCAGCGCGGCAGCUGCUGGACGAUGAGGAGCGGCUCACGGCGAAAACACUUUAUAUGAGCCAUCGAGAGCUACCUGCCUGGGUCAGCUUCCCAGAUGUGGAAAAGGCUGAGUGGCUAAAUAAGAUUGUGGCCCAGGUCUGGCCUUUCCUGGGCCAGUACAUGGAGAAGCUUCUGACUGAAACUGUGGCCCCGGCUGUUCGAGGCUCUAACCCCCAUCUGCAAACAUUUACAUUUACACGAGUGGAACUGGGUGAAAAGCCACUGCGCAUCCUAGGAGUCAAGGUUCAUCCUGGCCAGAGCAAAGAACAGAUCCUCUUGGAUUUGAACAUCAGCUAUGUAGGUGAUGUGCAGAUUGAUGUGGAAGUGAAGAAAUAUUUCUGCAAAGCAGGCGUCAAAGGCAUGCAGCUACAUGGUGUCUUGCGGGUGAUUCUUGAGCCGCUCAUCGGGAACCUUCCUAUUGUGGGGGCUGUGUCGAUGUUCUUUAUCCGACGCCCGACCCUAGAUAUCAACUGGACAGGGAUGACCAACCUGCUGGAUAUCCCAGGACUCAGCUCCCUCUCUGACACCAUGAUCAUGGAUUCCAUUGCUGCCUUCCUUGUGUUGCCCAACCGAUUAUUGGUGCCCCUUGUGCCUGACCUUCAGGAUGUGGCGCAGUUGCGUUCUCCUCUUCCCAGGGGCAUUAUCCGGAUUCACCUGCUGGCUGCCCGAGGUCUGGGCUCCAAGGACAAAUACGUGAAGGGCCUGAUCGAGGGCAAGUCAGACCCCUAUGCACUUGUGCGAGUGGGCACCCAGACAUUCUGCAGUCGGGUCAUCAAUGAGGACCUCAACCCCCAGUGGGGAGAGACUUACGAGGUGGGACAGCUGAGGAGUGGGAAUUGUGUCAAAUGGGGGAGGCAAGGGAGUCUGAGAUUUGCCGUUUAUUUCUGGGUGGGUGAGUGGAGGGCCAGUGACAUGCUAUUAAUUACAACACAUUCUCCUUUUUCCCCCUCUCACUGUCCCCUCCCCACCCCCUCUAGGAUGAAGCUGGAUGUAGGGAAGGUAUUGCAGGCUGGAGUGCUGGAUAAUUGGUUUCCUCUACAAGGUGGGCAAGGCCAAGUUCACUUAAGGCUAGAAUGGCUGUCACUUUUGCCAUCUGCAGAAAAACUGGAGCAGGUUCUGCAGUGGAAUCGAGGAGUCUCCUCCCGACCAGAGCCACCAUCAGCUGCCAUCUUAGUUGUCUAUCUGGACCGGGCCCAGGAUCUUCCUCUAAAGAAAGGGAACAAGGAACCCAAUCCCAUGGUACAACUUUCAAUUCAGGAUAUGACCCAGGAGAGCAAGGCUGUCUACAGCAACAACUGCCCAGUGUGGGAAGAGGCCUUCCGGUUUUUCCUGCAAGACCCUCGAAGCCAGGAGCUUGAUGUGCAGGUGAAGGAUGACUCCAGGGCCUUGACUUUAGGGGCACUGACCCUGCCUCUGGGUCGCCUGCUGACUGCCCCUGAACUCACCUUGGACCAGUGGUUCCAGCUCAGCAGCUCUGGCCCAAACUCCAGGCUCUACAUGAAAUUGGUUAUGAGGAUCUUGUACUUGGAUUCAUCAGAAGUGCACUUUCCCACCGUGCCUGGAACACCUGGUGCUUGGGACCCGGACAGUGAGAGCUCCCAGGCAGGCAGCAGUGUGGAUGCCCCACCUCGACCUUGUCAUACUACUCCUGAUAGUCACUUCGGGACUGAGAAUGUGCUUCGGAUCCAUGUAUUAGAGGCCCAGGACCUGAUUGCCAAAGACCGUUUCUUGGGGGGAUUGGUAAAGGGCAAGUCAGACCCCUAUGUGAAACUAAAGCUGGCAGGACGAAGCUUCCGGAGCCGUGUUGUUCGGGAAGAUCUCAAUCCCCGCUGGAAUGAGGUUUUUGAGGUGAUUGUCACAUCGAUUCCAGGCCAAGAGCUAGACAUUGAAGUUUUUGACAAGGACCUGGACAAGGAUGACUUUCUGGGCAGGAGUAAAGUGAGUCUCACUGCAGUCCUAAACACUGGCUUCCUUGAUGAGUGGCUGACUCUGGAGGACGUGCCAUCUGGCCGCCUGCACUUGCGUCUGGAGCGUCUGACCCCCCGGCCCACUGCUGCCGAGUUAGAGGAGGUGCUGCAGGUGAACAGUUUGAUCCAGACGCAGAAGAGUGCAGAACUGGCAGCGGCCCUGCUGUCCAUUUAUCUGGAGCGGGCGGAGGACCUGCCGCUCCGAAAAGGUACCAAGCCUCCCAGUCCUUACGCUACUCUCACUGUGGGAGAUACUUCUCACAAGACGAAGACUGUUUCCCAAACUUCAGCCCCUGUCUGGGAUGAGAGUGCCUCCUUUCUCAUCAGGAAACCAAACACUGAGAGCCUGGAGUUGCAGGUUCGGGGCGAGGGGACUGGUGCACUGGGCUCACUUUCCCUGCCCCUCUCGGAGCUACUUGUGACUGACCAGCUCUGCUUGGACCGUUGGUUUACACUUAACAACGGACAAGGGCAGGUGCUGCUGAGAGCACAGCUGGGGAUCCUGGUGUCCCAGCACUCAGGAGUGGAAGCGCACAGCCACAGCUACAGCCACAGCUCCUCAUCUCUGAGUGAAGAACCAGAGCUCUGGGGGGGGCUGCCUCAUAUCACUUCCUCAGCCCCAGAGCUCCGGCAGCGCUUAACACAUGGUGACAGUCCCGUUGAGGCUCCAGCAGGGCCCCUGGGCCAGGUGAAACUGACUGUCUGGUAUUAUAGUGAAGAACGGAAGCUGGUCAGCAUUGUGCACAGUUGCCGGGCCCUUCGACAAAAUGGACGGGAUCCCCCGGACCCCUACGUGUCACUGUUGCUACUGCCAGACAAGAACCGGGGCACCAAGAGGAAGACCUCACAGAAGAAGAGGACCCUAAAUCCCGAAUUCAGUGAGCGGUUUGAGUGGGAACUGCCCCUGGAUGAGGCCUUGCGGCGAAAGCUGGAUGUCUCUGUGAAGUCUAAUUCCUCCUUCAUGUCAAGAGAGCGUGAGCUGCUGGGGAAGGUGCAGCUGGACCUUGCAGAGAUAGACCUUUCCCAGGGAGCGGCCCAAUGGUAUGACCUCAUGGAUGACAAGGACAAGGGCAGUUCCUAGGAGCCAAGGAUUACCAGCCUGACUACUGUCUCCUUGCCUUGCCUCUUGCUGCAUCACCUCAAUGUGAUGAGCCUACAGCUAGGGCCCAAGGGCAGAGCCUGUGCCCCUCACCCUCUCACCUCCCAGGCCCAUGCCAGGGCCUUUGCCUGACCAAAGAGGAGGACCACAGGUUACCCUUUACUGCAUGGCCUCAGGCAGAGACCUGAGCUGGCUAUUUCCUGCUCUGCCUGCACAUUCUUCUCCUUCCCUCCCAAGUCCUCAGGGCCUUCUGUACCUGUGCCUGGCCACUGGCAGCACCUGCAGUGGCAUCAGCUUAUGCCAAAUAUAGCUUUUGGAAAGACCUUUUUUUCUUUAAUUGGAUGCUCACCUUCUUCCCCACCAUGAACAGUCAGGGAGGGUAAACACAUAGGUGGGAAGAUGGACAGGCUAAACACUCAAGAGUCUCUUGGACUAUUGCAUGUAGUAAAUGUACAGCAACCCAGGCCCACAGGGCCAGUUCUGUCCCCACUUUUCCUCAAGUCUGUCCUGCAAACUACACCUGCUGUGAUGACUAGGGCAGUCUCUUCACUCACUUUGGGAAUGAGAACACUUAGAUCCUAUCCAAGCCUUCAAGUAGUGGAUAUCAAUCUUGGAACCUCUAGCUGGUGCUGUGCAGAGGAACUCGGAGGACUCGGGCCAGCAGGGCCAAUGUUUUGCCCAGGUGCCUAGGCUGUUAACUCACUGAUGAGAACUGAAUCUCUUGGUUUUGCACCAACUCUGCCAAUCCACUGUAUCUUACAUUAAACAUUAUACUCAAA